UGCGCGUAUCCGUGACGCUGUGUCUGCAUCAGCGCACGGUUGCAGCGCGACACUUCAGAGACGGUUUUCCUCCGUUAUUUUAUCACAGAGGGUCUACCGUACGCGCCACAAUGGAGACUAAACCGGUCAUCACCUGCCUUAAAACCCUCCUCGUCGUUUACUCCUUCGUGUUUUGGAUAACAGGAGCCAUCCUGCUGGCAGUGGGAGUAUGGGGGAAGUUGAUGCUUGGCCCGUACAUCUCUCUGAUAGCCGACAACUCCACCAACGCCCCGUACGUCCUCAUCGGCACCGGCACCGUCAUCGUCGUUUUUGGCCUGUUCGGAUGCUUCGCCACCUGCAGAGGAAGCCCAUGGAUGCUGAAGCUGUAUGCCAUGUUCCUGUCCCUCGUCUUCCUCGCUGAGUUAGUGGCCGGGAUUUCUGGAUUUGUUUUUCGCCAUGAGAUAAAGGGAACCUUCCACAGGACAUACACUGACGCCGUGCUGAACUACAACGCUGAGGAUGAGGCGAGCCGUGCUGUUGAUAACUUGCAGCACAGGCUGCGUUGCUGUGGUGUGUAUAACUACACCAGUUGGUUUGGAAGUGUGUAUUACCCCUCCAACGGCAUUCCUGCCAGCUGCUGCUUCAACGCCUCCGACUGCAACCCGGAUGAACUCCGCAACACAACUCUGGCCCCCAGCAAGGUCUACCGCCAGGGCUGCUACGAGCUGGUCACUUCAUUCAUGGAAACCAACAUGGCCAUUAUCGCAGGGGUGACGUUCGGGAUUGCCUUCUCACAGCUGAUUGGCAUGUUGCUGGCCUGCUGUCUGUCCAGGAUCAUCACAGCCAAUCAGUAUGAGAUGGUUUAGCUGAUGUGGCGCGACAGGGAGAUGAAGAGACAAAGAGCCUUGACACGUGACGAGAGUUAAUUCCCGAAACACUAUCACACGUCCGGAUUGGAAUUUGCCUCCCUCCGUCUCUCUCUGCCUGUGAUCUUAAUCUAGUAUCUUAAUGUAUCUUACUGUAAAGCACCAUUCCUCAACUCACUGUUGUUGCAUCAAAGCGUUCUUUACCACACAUCCCACCGCUGCUUGAUGUAGAAGUUGCUCAUUAGCACAUAUCUAGGAUCAGUACAUCCCACAACAAGCAGGUACAUUCGAGUUGACGCGUUGUUGGUCUCAGAUCGGCGUUUUGGGUUAAAGUGAUUUUAUUCUCAGUUGACGGCAGCAUGCUCCACCGACCGUCUUCAGAGAACCACUGCACAUCUUUGUACAGAAUGACAUUACUAAAGCUUGAAAGUAAUACUUUAAUAGAUAUGUUUAGUUUUGCAUUUGACUUUGCUAUUGCUCUCCAUUGUAUAUUCCUAUAGCUGUGACAUUUUGUGAUCUGAUCAUGUGUACGGAGGAGGGUAUUUUAGGUUUAUAUGGAAAAUUAGGAAACUGACGAAUGAGAGGAAAGGAAGAAUUGUAUAAACGUGAUUUGAACUGUAAGACGAGGCACAUUGAUCAAUUAAGGCUUUAAUAUCAAACUCACACAGUAACUUUGAGUAUUGCUUAACUUUGCCCUACUGUACAUACACUUAUGAUACUUAAUGUAAUAACCAAUUAACCAAUUUGUUUUGGGGGCUCUAAGGAAUGUGUUUGUCGAAUGACACCAAAAAGUGAUGUUACAUUAUCUCUGACACUAAAUGGUGAUAACUUUUUAGGGACAACAGUAAACACUUCUGUCUUCUUUAAGGCAUGUGUAGUGUUGCACCCAGAUACAAAUGUACAGAUACUGUGAAAAAGAAAGAAGAGAAUUUGAGCGAUAAAUCCUGCCAACUUUUACAACUGAACGUGUGAUCCAACAAGCACUCAAUUUAAAGCAUACUGACUCCUUAUUAGUGUGUCAGUACUUAUAUUUCCCGGGUAAUGUAAAAGUAACUGACUACAUAUCAAAUUGUCAAGAUGUUUGCCUUAAAGAGCAACUUACCACCCAAUGAAAAUCUUGUUUUUUUGCGACCUCCAAUGAUUACAUUAACCCCCCUUGUUGCAGUGACAAGGAUGUUAGGCUGAAACAAAACACAGAUUUUGGAUGUUGGCGACCUUUUCAACCAAAUCAGUAAAACAGAUUUCCAGCCUGUUCUAUCAGAUCUUAUCCAUUUGUUUCUCCCGGUGGAAUAUAAUAACCAGCUGUGUGUUACAGUGAGAGAAGUCGACAUUAGAGACUUGCAGGACUACAACAGUGCUCAUCUAGUUUUUACAGUAUUCUAUGUAGUGCAUAGACAUGCCAUCAUCACCACCACCUGUAGAUAUGUAUUGGAAAUGUACUUUAUAUAAUGUAAUGUUUCUCAUUCUAAUAUGCUAAUCUGUAUCAAUGUUGUGUCACCGUUUUGAUUCCGCACUUUGUGCUGUUAAUCUGUAUUUGUUUAAUAGGAAACUCGCACUGGAAAAUAAUUGUGGCCAAUGUUUUGUUGAGAGUAACGUGCAACAUGUAGGUGUUUCAAUUUAGCUGUAUAUUUAUUAUAGUUUGGUUGGCAUUACGUUUACAGUUUCACCAAGUGGUUUUCUAUCUCUCUUUCAGGGUGUGUGUGUGUGAGUGUAUCUGAUUUUUGUUUCUUUACUUAACAGUCUCCUUAACCUUGACUGUGUGAUUUCCUCGUGUGUAUGAGUGUGAGAGAGAGAUUGUCUAUUUUUGUGGAUCCUGUUGUAUUUAACUUUGGUCAGUAUUUUGUUGUGGCUUUUCAAUCCUUAUUGCUUUUAAAGCUGUACAUUUAUUUAGUGAAUGUAUGUUUUCCAACACUAUGAAUUAACACUUCCUUUUUCCCUUCCCCAUACUGAUAUUUUCCUGUAAAUACUUAAUUGUAAUACCAUCCUGCUUACACAUGGGGUCACCAGACGCUCAAAAAAGAAUUGCACCAUGCUGUCUACAAUUGACUAAGUCACCAUCAGUGGUCUUAUUAUCAAUAAAUAUACAGAAUAACAA